AUAGUGAUAAUAAUUUUUUAAUAUAAAAAUAAGUUAUAUAAUGUGAGAAAUAUUCAGUGGUUAGCAGUAUUCUCUUUCAGUAUAGUAAACAGGUUCCUGAACCUUUAUAAAAGCAAUAUGAGUCUCAAAUUUAUUCCCAACUUAUCUUUUAUGUUUAUGGAAGCACCAUCUAUCAUUGAAAGAUAUAAAUUGGCAAAAGAAGCUGGAUUUAAAGCAGUAGAAAGUGGAUUUCCUUUUGGUAUUUCUAUUAAAGAUAUAUCAGAAGCCAAAAAAAAUGCAUGUGUUGAACAAAUUCUUAUAAAUGUAUUUACAGGUGAUGUUUCGAAAGGGGAAUUAGGGUUUGCAGCAAUACCAGGAGAAGAAGAAAACUUUAAAAAAAGUAUUGAUGUAACAAUAGAAUAUGCAAAAGCAUUAAAUUGUAAACGAAUUCACAUAAUGUCAGGCAAAGUAAAUCAAAUAACAACUGCUAAUGACGAUGUGUAUGUGAAAAAUCUUUUAUAUGCAGUGGAAAAAUUUCAAAAAGAAGAAAUAAUAGCUCUUAUAGAACCUAUCAAUAAUAUCACUGUACCAAAUUAUUACAUGAAUAGUUUCCAAAAAGGUUUGGAUGUGGUAAAGAAGAUAAAUAAGACAAAUUUAAAGCUACAGCUUGAUAUCUUUCACUUACAACAUAUUUGUGGCAAUAUUACAAAAAACAUUAAGGAACUUUUACCAUAUAUAGGACAUGUACAAAUUGCUCAAGUACCAGAUAGACAUGAACCUGAUACGUCUGGAGAAAUAGAUUAUAAGUAUGUUCUUUCAGUUUUAGAAAAAGAGGGAUAUGAUGGAUAUAUAGGUUUAGAAUAUCGUCCAAAAUUAUCAUCGGUAGAUGGAUUAUGUUGGAUACAAAAUUAUGGUUAUAAAUUAUAAAAUUCAUUUUAUAAAUAUAUAUUGAAAAUUUUAUAAAUAUAUGUUAAAAAUUUUCA